AACUUUGCUGGUAUGCGUCUUCCAUCGUACUGCGAAAGCCACGGCCGCCGCCACCACCCGUACACUCAGGAACGGCGUGUCAGGCGGAUCGAUCUGUUCAUGAUGGCGGCGGACGCGGCUGAGGGCGCUGAAGCGGACGUAUUUGAGGACGCGGAGCAAGGCCACGGUGCUCUGGGCGUAGCGGAAGCCAGGAGCGACGUGGCCGAGCACGGGAGCCAAGAGGACCUUGCCAACCUGGAGCGCGUGCUGUUCGAAACAAAAGUGGAGAAGCCGCGCGGGCUGGCUACGGUGGUCGUGGAACUCGCGCUCUAUGUCACGCGUGCACUCCGUCGCCUGUGCGCUUCUUGAAGGAGCGUGUGCGUGGCGGUAGGCCGCCACGGCCACGGUCUCAUUCUUUUUGGGUCAUCGCGCGUGCUCUCUCUGGCUACAUCUUGUCACUCGAGUCCUAGUCUGGCUGCCCAUUGUUAAACUGUAUCUACUAAUGCCGCUUUUUACUGUAGGUUCUCGCUCUCAAUUGCUUUCUGCUGUAGCCAUACCCCCUUCGCUCUCGCUUGCUUUCGAUCAUUACUACUUACACUGUACAUCAUUACCACAUGCACAUACUUGGACAAUUGGCACCAUACUAGUGACCCGUCUUCGCAAAACAAUGCUCAUCACAUUCAC